CCACAACCACUAAGCAAGACGUUUAAAGAGAGAAAGAGGAGGACAACAGAUCAUUUAUGUCAAAUGUGAUACUGCAAUCUUUGUUGUGCUCAUGGCAAGAAAUACAAGUUCCUCCUCAGUAUUAGGUAAAUGGAAUUCUGUACCAAAUUCCAAUGAACAGUCAUCUGAACACAUUUUUAAAACCCCCUCACCCUUUUGGAAUCAGGAAUUAAUAUUCAGAAGACCUAGACAUGUACGGGAAUCCACACCUGACAUUGUCACAGAUGCAUUUAAUUUGUAUAAUUACAGGUGUGAUUUAGGCUCUGUGACUCCUGACCUCUCUUGUGUUAUUGGAGCGAAUCAGAUCCACUCUUCACUGAGUCAGAACUCUACUAGCAGUAGAUAUCUGCCACCUUCAUCACAAUUACACGUGACUGACCCAAAUACGCUGCAUAGUAUUGGAAGGGAUACUUCAUACUGGAGUUAUUUAACUCCAGGAGUAGGACAUGGACUUGUCAAAGGUUUCAGUAAGCUGCCUAAUCCACAAGUCGACCCGUUGUCGGCUUCAUAUUUCUAUACAGGGGUUGUUAGGGACGUUCUAAGAAGAGAUAUUCCAAAUGAGGAAGUCAAACUGUGCAUGCAAAAUGAGAGAUCAAAGUAUUCACAUUGGUACCGCGAACCACAAAGUCAAAGAAUCUGCUCCAAAAGAGACAGUGAGAGACAUUAUGUGAAAAACAACCCACUUCUAGGUUCGCUACUUUACACAGAUUCUAAAAAAAAAUAUUUUAAACAAAACACAAAGUACAACCAUCAUCAGCCGGUUGAUUUGAACUGUUCUACUCAUGCAGUGCUUGAAGGAUCAGAGUGGCAAGGUGAAAAUCAAACAAGAGAGGAGCUCCCCCUACUGGUCUGGAGAGGAGAUGCAGAAAAACACAAUCCUCUAUCGAACACUAUCACACACUCUACAUCCUCCUCUUCUGCCCUAUGCAUUCUCCGUCGCUUUAUAGAAGGCUCUUUGGUGGAGCUUGAGGGUGGUCGACUGAAGCGGGUGGAGGAUUUAAGGACAGAAGAUUUGGAGCAGUGUGCUCAAUUACAUCCUGAGCUGAUGCUGAAACGUUUCACUGUGUUAAAGAUCACACCUUCACACACACCUGCGCUGUUUUGUUUGCACGUGGAGAUUGAGCAUGACCACUCGCAGUUGUCUCUGGAGGUGAGUGAAGAGCUGCCUUUCUUCGUGUGUGGGCAUGGCUGGUCCUCCUGUAACCCUCAACACACAAGUCAAUCCUGCAGACUACAAUGCCGUCAACUAAGGGUGGGUGACGUGUGCUUGGCAUUGACUCAUAUGCCCGCCUCUUCAUCACAACCUACCAAUCAGGGUGUAACUGAAGUGGGUGGACAUCAUGUCCCGAAGUGUAAUGCCGAAAAGAAGCCCACACCACAGAUAAAAGAUAAAUCAAGAAAGAGACACUUCACAGCUCCUGAGUUCAGGGAAAUUUCAAAAAUCAAAGAUUGAGCAACUAAAGUCUGAAUUAGAUAUUGUUG